GAUGUCCGCCGUCACUGCCGCUUCCUCGGCGGGCCAUUCGAAGGCGAUGCUGGGGGCCGCUGCCGGUCCCUCGGCGGGCGGGCAGGACCCGAUGGCGCUCUGCCCGGAGCUGGAGUACUCGCUGUCGCUGCUGGAGCCGGGCGGCGGCCGGGCCGAGCGGCAGAAGCGAGAGCGGCGGGCGGACGCGGCCCCCAUGCCCAUGGUGUUCAUGUGCACCGGCUGCAGGCGGCCCGUGGGCGACACCUCGAGCUGGGUGUCCAACGACGAGGAGACCGGCUGCAUCCUGCUGCGUAGUGCGGCCGCCAGCGUCGCCGUGGACCCAGAGCGGAAGGUCUCCAAGCUGCCCGGCGAGUGCGGAUGCAUGGUAGAAACCUUAUUCUGCUCUGGCUGCUCAACGACACUUGGCAGCAUCUACAGGUGCACCUCAAGGAACCUCGACUAUAAGAGAGAUUUGUUCUGUUUCAGUAUUGACUCCAUUGACAGCUAUGUUCUAGGAACCCCAGCAAAGCAAGCUCUUAUUCAUGAGGAACCACUUACUCUUGAAAGUCGAGCUGUCUUGCAGGAGGUGCUGGAAAAGGUGGAUGUGAUACUCAAAGCUCUGGAGACAAGGCUGAGCACUGUCGAGUCAUGCGUGGCUGCUCUGCACAGACUGGGAUCUGGGAGACACCAAGGAACACUGGAAGCCUGCAUUUUGUGAUCUGCAGCAGCCAUCCCCAGUGCUGGAGAGAAAUCCCCAGCGUCCAGACCCGGGCAACGACUCCCAGGAAAGACUUUCAGGAUUUGUUCAUCUCUUCAGAGUGGUGAAAGAGUUUUGUUGUCAUCUGGUGUUGUUAAUUUUUUUGGUGCUGGGGA